CUUUAAUUACCAAACAGUGUAAAACAUUGAUCAGCUCUCUCUUCCACUGCUGUACAAACACUCAUCGAUCAUCAUCAUCUUCUUCUUCAUCGAGAGCGAGAGAGAGAGAGAGAGAGAGAGAGAGAAUGCAGUCUCUGCAGGAUAAGGCGUCAGAGUGGAGCGGAGUGGACCGAAACGAUGCAUUCGCCAUAGACAACACCAAUCUCUUUGAAAAGCUCGGCCUUCAGACCUUCGUCGAUCUCUCCACCAAUUUCUAUACCAGGGUUUAUGAUGAUGAGGAAGAGUGGUUUCGGUCAAUUUUUGCAAAUUCGAGGAAAGAAGACGCAAUUCAGAAUCAAUACGAGUUCUUUGUGCAGAGAAUGGGAGGGCCUCCUCUGUAUUCUCAGAGAAAGGGCCAUCCUGCUCUGAUUGGACGUCACCGCCCGUUUCCUGUCACUCAUCAAGCUGCAGAGAGGUGGUUAUAUCACAUGCAACAGGCAUUGGACUGCAUAGCAGAUAUUGACGCUGACUCAAAGAUCAAAAUGAACAACUUUUUUAGGCACACUGCAUUCUUUCUUGUGGCUGGAAAUGAAUUGAAAAAUCAAAACCAAGGAAUUGCUUGUAAGCAUGGCACAAGCAAACCAACUGCAGUGUAAUUUCAUGACACAUGGUUUCACAAUUCACUUCUUCAUACGCCAAAAAACUGAUAAUUUAUUUAGUUACUUUUGAUGGUGUAUGAGGAGGGUUGUAAUAGACGCUUUUCAUCAAAUAAAUCUUGAAAAUUUGGAUGAUUUUUUUACAAAGUUUA